CAAGGAUGCUGGUGCUGGACCCUCUCUCUCGCGCGCGCGCUCUCUCAUCACACACGCACACGCACACACAGAUGCUGGAGUCGGAGCAGCGCCCGCAGUGAGCCGUGCUGGAGUCCUGGAGCCGCUCUCUCUCUUGCUGCCGCUGUCUGGAUGUCCAUGAAAGCCAGAGGAUCCAAAUACCAGAAAAGAGUGUCGUUUUCCGAGGACGAAGAUGAGCAGUGCUGGAAAGAGGAGAACGGCGGUGUGGACGCACAUCACCUGAAAUCCGUCAAGACCGUCAGAGAGUCCUCAGGAUAUUACCGCUACAACAUGAAAUCCUCUGAAAGUUUCCCCCAUCGCAGGAUGACCCUCCCAAGAGAAAAGGGUCGCCGGCAAGCCAUCCGUGGACCAGCGUUCAUGUUCAACGCCCGCGGCACCAGCCUCACCCCAGAGGAAGAGCGCUUUCUGGAUGCAGCCGAAUAUGGCAACAUCCCUGUGGUCCGCAAGAUGCUGGAAGAAUCUCUCACUCUCAACGUGAACUGUAUGGAUUAUAUGGGCCAGAACGGACUGCAGCUGGCCGUCGGAAACGAGCACCUGGAGGUCACUGAGCUGCUCCUGCGGCGGGACAACCUGGCCCGAGUCGGGGACGCCCUCCUGCUGGCCAUUUCCAAAGGUUACGUGCGUAUCGUGGAGGCCCUGCUGGGGCAUCCGUCUUUUGGGAACGGCGAACGAUUGACCCGCAGCCCCUGUGAGCUGCAGGAUGAUGAUUUCUACUCGUACGACGAGGACGGGACGCGGUUUUCUCCUGAUAUCACGCCUAUUAUUUUGGCUGCACAUUGUCAGAAAUACGAGGUGGUGCACAUGCUGCUGUUGAAGGGCGCCAGGAUUGAGCGCCCGCACGAUUAUUUCUGUAAGUGCGCGGACUGCACGGAGAAGCAGAGGAAAGAUUCGUUUAGCCACUCGCGCUCUAGGAUUAAUGCGUACCGUGGACUCGCCAGCCCGGCGUAUUUGUCUUUAUCCAGCGAAGACCCUGUGUUGACCGCACUGGAGUUGAGCAAUGAGCUUGCCAAACUGGCUAACAUCGAAAAGGAGUUUAAGAACGACUACCGGAAGCUGUCUAUGCAGUGUAAAGACUUCGUGGUUGGUGUUUUGGACCUGUGCAGAGACACAGAAGAGGUGGAGGCCAUCCUGAAUGGGGAUGUUUCUGCUGAACUGGAGGAGGGCCAGCAUCACCGCUCGCUGCUCAGCCGAGUCAAACUGGCCAUUAAAUAUGAGGUUAAGAAGGAAUUGCUCAAAAUGAUAUGUGUGAUGUGUGCAGGAAUGAUGUGGUCAGAGUGUAAAGAGCUGUGGACAGAGGGCCCGAGGGAAUACAUCAUGCAGUUGUGGAACGUUCUGGAUUUCGGGAUGCUCUCCAUCUUCAUCGCCGCUUUCACUGCUCGCUUCUUUGCCUUCAUGCAGGCCAUGAAAGCGCAGAAAUAUGUGGACGAGAAGAUCCACGCUCCAGAUCUGUCCAUGGUCACUCUGCCGCCGGACGUCAGAUAUUUCACAUACGCAAGAGACAAAUGGCUCCCGUCGGAUCCUCAGCUGAUCUCAGAAGGUCUGUACGCCAUCGCAGUGGUCCUGAGCUUCUCCCGAAUUGCCUACAUCCUCCCAGCCAACGAGAGCUUCGGACCGCUGCAGAUCUCACUGGGACGCACAGUGAAGGACAUCUUCAAGUUCAUGGUGCUCUUCAUCAUGGUGUUCCUGGCCUUCAUGAUCGGCAUGUUCAUCCUCUACUCAUACUACCUUGGGGCAAAGGUUAACCCCGCCUUCACCACGGUUGAGGAGAGUUUCAAGACUCUCUUUUGGUCUAUAUUUGGACUGUCCGAAGUGUCGUCUGUGGUUUUGAAAUAUGAUCAUAAGUUUAUCGAGAAUAUUGGCUACGUGCUGUACGGGAUCUACAAUGUUACCAUGGUGGUGGUUCUGCUCAACAUGCUCAUUGCCAUGAUAAACAGCUCAUACCAGGAAAUAGAGGAUGAUGCUGACGUGGAGUGGAAGUUUGCCCGGUCUAAACUCUGGCUGUCAUAUUUUGAUAAUGGCAAGACUCUGCCGCCUCCAUUCAGCAUCGUGCCCAGUCCAAAGUCCUUCUAUUUGUGCGUCAAGAGACUAGUGAACCUGCUGCGGUGUCGCCGGCGUCGCCUCAAAAAAGACGUGGAGCUGGGAAUGGACAACUCCAAGUCCAAACUGAAUCUCUUCACUCAGUCCAGCAUGAGGAUGACAGACUCUCACAGCUUCAACAGCAUCUUAAAUCAGCCCACCCGCUAUCAGCAAAUAAUGAAACGUCUCAUCAAGCGCUACGUUCUGAAAGCACAAGUGGACAAGGAGAACGAUGAAGUCAAUGAAGGUGAGCUGAAGGAGAUAAAGCAGGAUAUCUCCAGUCUGCGGUAUGAGCUGCUGGAGGAGAAAUCUCAGGCCACUGAAGAGCUUUCUCUCCUCAUCCAAAAACUCAGCGACAAACUCAACCCACGAGUCGUCCAUGAGCAUCAGCACUGA